AUGAAAAAAUCAACUACAAUUGAUACAUUUUUCAAAAGAAAGAAUGUUGAAGUUUCAACAUCUGAUGUCUCAUCAAAUCCAUCAGUAUCAGUGGAUGUAGAUCAUGAAAAUUCAAAAAAUCGGCCAAUAAAGUCUUUAAGACUUGACAUUAAAGAAGGGUUUGAUAUUAAUUCAUUAGAGCGUGAUCCAGGAAUACGCCCGCCAAUAUGGGAGUAUCCACCUGAGAAGCGUGAUGAAGUUCGCAGAGCUUACAUUAAAGCUGGUCCAUUUCAGAUUAUACUAUCUAGCUAUCAAAAAUCAGAAGAAGCUCAUUCACGUUCUUUUCAGUCAUCUUGGUUUAAGCUAUUUCCAUCUUGGUUGGAAUAUUCUCCUAAAGUACAUGCUGCAUUUUGUCUACCAUGCUUUUUAUUUCACUCUAAAGAUGCACAUCCUAGAUUGAAUGCAUUUACUGUUAAUGGAUUUCGAUCAUGGAAAAAAGUGAGAGGAAAAAAUUGUGCAUUUUUAGCACAUAUUGGAGACGAUAUAAAUUCACCUCAUAGAAAUGCUGAGAAAGCAGUUGCAGAUCUCAUGAACCAACCAACACAUAUUGGAAGAAGGUUUGCGAACUUCACAUCACAAGAAAUCGCUGACAAUAGACUUCGUUUGAAAACAUCAAUUGAGGGGAUUAGGUGGUUAGCAUUUCAAGCAUGCCCUUUUAGAGGUCACAAUGAAUCUAAAACUUCAAUUAAUCGGGGAAACUUUUUAGAGUUAUUAAGUUUCAUAACUUCCUAUAAUGAUAAGGUAGCAGAAGUUUUGGAUAAAGCUCCACGAAAUGCAACAUAUACAUCACCAACAACGCAAAAACAAGUUUUGCAUGUCUUGGGAAAUAAAGUGAGAAACGCGAUUCGUGAAGAAAUUGGUGAUGCAAAAUUUUCAGUAAUAGUUGAUGAAGCACGAGAUGAAUCUAAGAAAGAGCAAAUGUCAAUUGUUUUGAGAUUUGUUGAUAAAGAUGCGUAUGUGCAAGAACGUUUUUUCGGGCUUAUUCAUGUCAAAGACACUGCUGCUUUAACAUUAAAAGAAGGUAUUUUCUCUAUACUCUCUAAUUAUAGUCUUGAUGUUCAAUCUAUUCGUGGGCAAGGUUAUGAUGGCGCAAGUAACAUGCGUGGACAAUGGAAUGGUUUACAAGCUUUAAUUUUAAGUGAAUGUCCUUAUGCUUACUAUGUUCAUUGUUUUGCACAUCGUUUGCAAUUGGCAUUAGUUGCUGCAUCUAGAGAAGUUAUUCCUGUCCAUCAAUUUUUUACAAAGUUGAACUCCAUUGUUAAUAUUGUUGGUGCUUCAUGUAAGCGCAAUGAGUCAUUAACUUCUUUUGAAUUUGUUUUUAUUUUGCAUCUUAUGAAAAAAAUUCUAGAGAUUUCAAAUAUACUCUGUCAAGCUUUGCAACUUCAGUCUCAAGAUAUUUUAAAUGCAAUGCAUCUUGUUUCAUCCACUAAGACUCUCAUUCAAAAAUUGAGAGAAGAUGGAUGGGAUGAAUUAGUUGAUGAGGUGAAAUCUUUUUGUGAACCUGUUAAUAUACCUGUGCCAGAUUUUAAUGCUCACUAUACUACAAAAAGAGGAAGAAGUCGUGGUCAACAAGAUGCAAUUACAGUGGAGCAUUAUUACAGAGUUGAUCUUUUCAAUGCAGUGAUAGACUUUCAACUACAAGAAUUAAAUAACAAAUUCAAUGAUAACACAGUGGAGUUACUCAUUCUUAGUUCAGCUUUAGAUCCAAGAGAGAUACACACAUCAUUCAGAAUUAAUGAUAUUUGCAAGUUGGUACAAAAAUUUUACCCAAAAGAUUUUACAGAAUACGAGAUGGUACAACUAAGGACACAAUUUGAACAUUUUGCUCAUGUACGAGAACUUCCUGAUUUUACAGUUUUGGCAACCAUUUCUGAUUUAUGUCAGUGGUUGGUAAAAACUAGAAAAGCAGAGAUUUUUCCAAUUGUGUAUAAAGUUAUAACUCUUAUUCUUACACUUCCAGUUUCUACAGCUACCACAGAACGAUCCUUUUCAGCUAUGAAUAUAGUGAAGACUACACUUCGCAACAAGAUGGAAGAUGAAUUUUUAAGUGAUUGUUUGCUCGUUUAUAUUGAAAGGGAAAUCGCCAAAAAAUUUAGUAUAGAUUCACUUAUCGAUGAUUUUCGUGAUAUGCAAGAAAGACGUUCUGUAUUUUAA